ACCCACGUUGUCCAACCACCCUCUGACUCACCCCACCAAGGCCACAUCCCACUUUCUACCUCCACUAUAAAGGUGCCCAAGGCACCAGCUCCCAACUUCCCAACACACAGAGAACCGGCUCCGACCUCCUCCAUCAGGAAUGGCUUGUGGUGGACAUGGGACCUUCAGCUUCAUCCCCAUCUUCAUCCUCACCACUGCUCUUCUGCUGAGGACCCAACCGGUGCAAGCUCAAGGGAAGGGCAACCAAGGAGAUGAGUGGUCGGAGGAGGAGGGGUCCCGUAUCAUCGGGGGGAGACCUUGCUCCAUCAACCAGAGACCCUUCCAAGUGGCCCUGGUCAAGAGGGGGCAGAUCCUAUGUGGAGGAAGCUUGGUAGAUGCCCAAUGGGUCCUCACAGCUGCCCACUGCAAGCAGCCACCCAGGGACCUCAAGGUGCUCAUCGGGACCAACACCUUGAGUCAGGGCACAGGAGAAGUCAGGUCCAUCUCCAGGCUCCUGGUCCACCCGUCCUACAACCCCCGGAGGAACGACAACGACUUCAUGCUCCUGAGGCUCAACAAGCCCGUCCGCUUCAGCAGCAGCAUCAAGAAGAUCAGGUUGGCCACCAAGUGCCCCAUGGAUGGGAUGAGGUGCAGCGUGUCCGGAUGGGGGACCACCAAGUCUCCAGGAGCGAAGCUCCCUCAGGACCUGCAGUGUGCAGCCAUUGAAGCCUUCGGGAGGGACAAGUGCGCCAGGGCCUAUGGCAAUGCCAUCACCCCCAACAUGUUCUGUGCUGGGGUCCCCCAAGGGGGGGUUGACUCCUGCCAGGGUGACUCCGGAGGCCCCUUGGUGUGCGAUGGGGUCCUACAAGGGGUGGUCUCAUGGGGUAUGGCCGUCUGCGGGCGCCGAGGACAGCCCGGGGUCUACGCCAACGUCUGUAGGGCCGUGCCCUGGAUCAGGAGGGUCAUCGGGAGGUCCUGAGGACCCCAUAGGGCACCGCUAUGGGGUCCCAGUAGCUCCCUGCUUACUGGGGGGACUGGAGGAUGGAGGGCGUCAAUGGGGAAACCCAAUGGGUGCCAAUGGGGGGAA